AUGGUUCUCAGUGCUGCUCUCGUUUGGGGGGUAGUGGUGGCGUUCUGCUGCUGCCUGUGGCUCCUGUUGGGGAUCCGAAGAAGGCACCCCGGCGAGCCCCCUGUGGAGAACGGCCUAAUCCCCUACCUUGGCUGCGCUCUGCAGUUUGGCGCUAACCCCCUGGAGUUCCUGCGCAGCCGCCAGAAGCGGUACGGCCGCAUCUUCACAUGCAAAAUCGCAGGGCAGUACGUCCACUUCCUCUGCGACCCUUUCUCAUACUACUCCGUCAUCCGCCAGGGGCGGCACCUGGAUUGGAAAAAGUUCCACUUUGAUGCCUCCGUUAAGGCAUUUGGUCAUGAGAGCAUGGACCCGAGCCAUGGUUACACCACAGAGAACCUGCACCAGACCUUCAUGAAAACGCUACAGGGCGAUGCCCUGCCCUCACUCAUCGAGACCAUGAUGGACAACCUGCAGAGUGUCUUGCUGCACUCCGACAUCCUGAAGGCCAACACCACCGAAUGGAAGGUGGACGGAGUCUUCGCCUUCAGCUACAAGGUUAUGUUCGAGUCAGGAUACCUCACGCUCUUUGGUAAGGAGUUCAGCACGCACGAAGACAAGAACGUGGCCCGGCAGGAAGCGCAGAGGGCCCUGGUGCUGAGUGCUCUGGAGAACUUUAAGGAGUUUGACAAGAUCUUUCCUGCCCUGGUGGCUGGGUUGCCCAUCCACGUUUUUAAGAGCGGGUACAGCGCCCGGGAGAACCUGGCGCGGACACUGCUGCACGAGAACCUGAGCCGGCGCAAGGACAUGUCGGACCUGAUCUCGUUGCGCAUGCUGCUCAACGACACGCUCUCCACGUUCACGGACAUUAGCAAAGCCCGGACUCAUGUUGCACUGCUGUGGGCAUCUCAGGCCAACACACUCCCCGCUGCCUUCUGGUCUCUCUUCUACAUGAUCAGGAGUCCUGAGGCCAAGAGGGCGGCAUUGGAGGAGGUGACGAGGGUGUUGGAGAGCUCUGGGCAGAGGGCAUACAUGGGAGGGCAGCGUCUAAUGCUCACGCGGGAGCAACUGGACAACAUGCCAGUUCUAGACAGCAUCAUCAAGGAAGCCAUGAGGCUCUCGAGCGCUUCGCUCAAUGUCCGAGUAGCCAAGGAGGACUUCUUGCUGCACCUGGACAACAAAGAGUCCUACCGCAUCCGUAAGGACGACGUCAUCGCGCUGUACCCACCGAUGCUCCACUUUGACCCUGAAAUCUACGAAGAUCCUUUGAUGUACAAAUACGACCGGUUCUUAGAUGAAAAUGGACAGGAGAAGACAUGCUUUUACCGCGAGGGCCGCAAACUGCACUACUAUUACUUGCCCUUUGGCUCUGGAGUCACUAAAUGUCCAGGGCGCUUCUUCGCUGUGCAUGAGAUCAAGCAGUUUCUUGCGCUGCUGCUCUCCUACUUUGACAUGGAACUACUGGAACCAAACGUGACGGUGCCACCCCUGGAUCAGUCUCGCGCCGGCUUGGGCAUCCUGCAGCCCACUUAUGAUGUGGACUUCAGGUAUCGACUAAAAGGCCACUAGAGACUGAUAACUUAUCUGUGUAAGCAAACUGUAAAUAUUGUACAUUAUCGCAAUGUCUG